AUGGCGGCCCCGGCGCUGGCGGCGGCGCUGGCGGCGGCGACCGGCCCCAACGCGAGCGGCGCGGCCGCCAACGCCUCGGGCGCCGCGCGGGGGGCCGGCGCGGGGCCGCCCCCGGGCCAGUACUCGGCGGGCGCCGCGGCGGGGCUGGCGGCGCUGGUGGGCGUCCUCAUCGUCUUCACCGUGGUGGGCAACGUGCUGGUGGUGAUCGCCGUGCUGACCAGCCGCGCGCUGCGGGCGCCGCAGAACCUGUUCCUCGUGUCGCUGGCCUCGGCCGACAUCCUGGUGGCCACGCUGGUCAUGCCCUUCUCGCUGGCCAACGAGCUCAUGGCCUACUGGUACUUCGGGCAGGUGUGGUGCGGCGUGUACCUGGCGCUCGACGUGCUCUUCUGCACCUCGUCCAUCGUGCACCUGUGCGCCAUCAGCCUGGACCGCUACUGGUCCGUGACGCGCGCCGUCGAGUACAACCUGCAGCGCACGCCGCGGCGCGUCAAGGCCACCAUCGUGGCGGUGUGGCUCAUCUCGGCCGUCAUCUCCUUCCCGCCGCUCGUGUCGCUGUACCGCCGGCCCGACGGCGCCGCCUACCCGCAGUGCGGCCUCAACGACGAGACCUGGUACAUCCUGAGCUCCUGCGUGGGCUCCUUCUUCGCGCCCUGCCUCAUCAUGGGCCUGGUCUACGCGCGCAUCUACCGGGUGGCCAAGCGGCGCACGCGCUCGCUCAGCGAGAAGCGCGCGCCCGGCGGCCCCGACGGCGCGGCGCCGCCCACGGAGAACGGGCUGGGCGCGGGCGAGAACGGGCACUGCGCGCCCCCGCGCCGCCCGCGCGCCGGCGCGGCGCCCGAGGACAGCCCCGAGGACAGCCCCGGCGGCGGCGGCGCGGGGCGGGGGGCGGCCGGGGGGCGGCGGCGCCGGGGCGCGCUGCGGCGGGGCGGCCGGCGGCGCGCGGCGGCGGCGGGCGAGGGGGGCGCGGCCGGCGCGGACGGGCGGGGGCCCGCGGGCCCGGCCGACCCCGGCGCGCUGGCCGCCGCGCGCGCCCCGGGCCCCGGCGGCCGCCUGUCCCGCGCCAGCGCGCGCUCCGUCGAGUUCUUCCUGUCGCGCCGGCGCCGCGCGCGCAGCAGCCUGUGCCGCCGCAAGGUGGCCCAGGCGCGCGAGAAGCGCUUCACCUUCGUGCUGGCCGUGGUCAUGGGCGUGUUCGUGCUCUGCUGGUUCCCCUUCUUCUUCAGCUACAGCCUGUACGGCAUCUGCCGCGAGGCCUGCCGCGUGCCCGGGCCGCUCUUCAAGUUCUUCUUCUGGAUCGGCUACUGCAACAGCUCGCUCAACCCGGUCAUCUACACCGUCUUCAACCAGGACUUCCGCCGCUCCUUCCAGCACAUCCUCUUCCGCCGGCGCCGGCGCGGCUUCAGGCAGUGA